AUGUCCCGCCAACCUGACAGUGAUUCAGAGAGCGUCGAAGCCCAUGGUGUGACGAUUUCUUCGAGGUAUGUCGUGCAGGAUGGCAAAAACAAACCAUGGCUGCCUACGACAUUGACCAAGAUGGACAAGACCUUUUGCAAGUGCUCCAAAUUCGACCGCGGCUUUGUGAUGUUUUGCCUCGAAAGAUCCAUGCAAACUACCUCAAAAAAAGGUGAGGCCACCACAUGCAACGUGCCUGUCUUCAAGCACCUUCUGGACGAAAGGCGCCGGAAGAGCAUUGAAUGCGCUCAAGAGGCUCUAGAGGUAGAGGACGUGCAGCCCGACGACUCCGUCGUGCAGAAGAGGAAAAAGAUCAAGAGCUCCCAUGAGGCCCUGGUGAACCCAGUGAUCUCUGUGACGUUCCCUCCAGUUGGACACUUAGAAGCGCGAGAGGUCGAUGUACUUUGGGGUGUCAAGUCAGCAGACUUGUGGGUGGAGCUGACUGGCCAAAACAUGAAGCACACCAAGAUGCUCAUCCAGUCACAAUCGGAUCAAGUGUUUUGCAAGAAGAAGGCUUCUCCCAAAAAAAACAAAGAGAAAAAUGAGACGGAUGAUCGGCCAUAUUGA